AUGUCAGUUUUACAGCGCAACACGUUGACUGCAGAGAGAGACGCGUUGAAGAAGAUCAAUGUUGCUAGGGAGGCAACAUCCAGAAGUCUCACAAUAGAAAGAGACGACUUAAAGAGGCAGCUGAAAACCUGCACUUCACAGCAAAUUUCACUUACUAAUGAGAGGGACGGACUGAAGAGGACAAACUCUGGUAUUGAAGCCAAGUCUCAAAGACUAUCGGUGGAAAAGAGUCAACUCAGCAUUGAGCUUACUACCUGCAUAUUCGAGAAGUUAGGCCUGACUACUGAGAAAAAUGAGCUGACCAAGAAGCUGAGUGAUUUUGCUAAAUUUGCGCAGGCACAAUGGGUGUAUUUCAGUGGUAGCUUCUAUUAUAUUUCUACAACCCAGAAGUCCUGGCAAAGCAGUCAAUAUUUCUGCCAGUAUCAAGGAGCCGACCUGGUGAUCAUAAACAGCAGAGAAGAAGAGCAAUUCACAAGAAAGUUUCAAAAGAGAGCCUGGAUUGGUCUUACUGAUAGAAUACAAGAGGGGUCCUGGAAAUGGGUGGAUGGGACUGCGCUAACACAAAGCUACUGGCGCUUUGGAGAGCCUAACCAUUUUAAAGCCAGAAAUGAGGACUGUGUGGAGAUACAGAACUUUGACUCCGAACGCAACUGGAAUGAUGCUCAAUGUGCAAACGAUAACUACUGGAUCUGUGAAAAGAACUUUGAUAUUUAACAUAAACAAGAGUUUUCUGUUUGUAGCCUAUUUUUUAAAAUAGUUUAUAGGACAAAAAUAUAAUUCUGUGCUUUCCAAUGGAACCACAAAGUACCUGCUUUAGUUAUUCUUUGAGUUCUAAAUUGAUGUAAUCAGAACAAUUCAAGAAUUUGACAGUUGACUUUUUAUUGCUUUGGUCAUCGAUACCCAGUUAGCUCAAAUUAGCAGUCAUUGUGUGCUAUUUGUCAUUCUGGCUCAUCAGUUUUGUAUCUUAUUAGUCUGACUUGUUCUUUCUCAAUAGUUAAAGUCAUUUAAGGAAGUUCAUCUCUGCAUCUUAUAAAUGUCUAAUGUGAAACUUUAGUUAACCAAAGACAUUUGUAAUAAAACUGACCAAGUUUAUUUUUUGACUAACCUAUUUUAAUGGCACGGUGGCCAUUUUGAUGACAUGUUUAGAGUUACUGUUUACUGUUGUGAGUUAGCAUUUUAAAAAACUAAAAGUUGAGUUGCAUUUUAAUGCUGAUUGGUAAUCAGCCAAUCUAAUGGCUGAUUACAAC